AUGGAUCCGCUUCCCGGCCUUGGAAAGGUUCAUGGCUUGUUAAUCGCGGAAGAACACACCAAAAAUCCACAACCUAUCAUCACCACUCAGCCCAUUCAAGAAGACUCGGCCAUGGUGAGUCACAGGUUCCAAACUCAACACAAUCAACCCAAAAUCAAUAGUGGACAACACCGAAAUCCACCAGGGCCACGUUUUUUUCCGCCACCACAGCAGUCUCCAUCCCGACGGCAACCACAACAAUUCCCUUCGCCUGCCAAUCCACCACGCCAACUGCACCAUGCUCAGCCCGAUACUUCAUCCCGACCCAACAAAGACCCGAACGCUCACUGCACUCAUUGCAACCGUGCAGGUCAUUAUAAGUCGGGCUGUUUUAAACUUAUUGGGUAUCCAGAAUGGUUCUUCAAUCGCCUCCCCAACCAAUCCUCUGCCCAGUCCAAUUAUGCAGCGCAAACAUCGGACAUGGAUUUCACUCCACGCUUGAGCCCCGCCGAGGCGUCCCAAGCCUAUGGCUUUUACGAUAAUCCAUCUGCUUUUUUCACUGGACCUCAAAUCGAAGACUGUGAUUGGAGCGGGUGAGGCACGCAAUGGCUUAUACUACCUCCGCACUUCUUCCUCUGCUGCCCUCACAUCCCCAACCGAUGACCCUACCCUAUGGCACCAAAGAUUAGGCCAUCCAGCCUCUGCUAGCUUACCUUCCUUUUUACAUUGUCGUUCCCCUAAUAAAAAUUCCCCUUGUGAUGCUUGUUUGCGUGGCAAACAUACUAGACUACCUUUUCAAUUAAAUUUCAAUAAAAGUGUCGUCCCUUUUUCUCGUAUUUUUGUUGACAUUUGGGGUGGCUAUCAUACUCCUUCUACUUGUGGGGCUCGUUAUUUUCUAACUAUAGUUGAUGAUUGCACGCGUACUACUUGGGUGUAUUUAUUGCGUUACAAAUCGGAUG